UCCCCCGGCGAGCGAGAAGGCUACGCAUUGCUCUGGUCAUUCUACCUCAACACGCGCUCUAUCCUGGUGUAGACGAAGCGUGAGAUUUGAGAAGAAAACGAUGCAUGGGGGAGAGGAUGUAAGCAUCGAAGAGCUCGCUUCGAAUCUAUCCACGUAUAAGGAACAGCUCAAUGAGGUAAAAAGGCUUUUGGCUGAUGAUCCUGGAAACUCAGAAUAUGCAGACAUGGAGAAGGAGCUUAUGGAGGUUAUUGCAUUGACAGAGGAACUGUUGGUUACCACAAAACAAGUUGAAUAUUCUAAGAGUGAUACUGAGUUGGAUGAAUAUGCUUCCACUUCUAUGGGUACCUCUAAGUCAAAACUGGGACCAGUUGGACGUUCUGAACAAAGUACAGAAGAAUAUCAUAAUUUUGCUGUUGGUACCAAAGUUCAGGCUGUUUGGAGUGAAGACGGGGAGUGGUACGAUGCAACUAUUGAGGCUUUGACUCCACAUGGAUACUUUGUCUCUUAUGAUAGUUGGGGAAACAAGGAAGAAGUGGAACCUUACAAUGUCAGACCAAUUAGAGGGGUAGAAGUGAAUGCUUUGCUAGAAGCUGAAAUGCAGGCUGAAGCUACCAAGCAAGCCAUUAAAAGAAAGAUUGCACAGGCAGCUGUAAUGGACUUCCAGCGGCGUUCAAUACCUCAAAAACUUCGUAUCGAACCAAAUGAUCCUGAAGAUGUGAAAGCUGCUAAGCGCAAGAAAAUUCAUGCAUUCAAGUCAAAGGCUCGUGUCGAGCAACUCGAAGUUGUGCAGAAUAAAAGGCAGAAUGCUUGGCAGCAAUUUCAAUCUGCAAAAGGGAAAACGAAAAAGAUUGGUUUCUUCUCUGGGCGCAAACGGGAGAGCAUUUUCAAAUCUCCUGAUGAUCCAACGGGCAAAGUUGGGGUAACGGGCAGUGGAAAGGGGCUGACCGAGUUUCAGAAGAGGGAGAAGCACCUGCACCUCAAAGGUACUGCUGUGGAUACUGAAGAUGGACUGUGAGCUGAACGAAGAACAAUAUAGUGAAAUGUACUGCAGCUUAAGAGACAUACCUUUCUGUGCUGAAGUUUUAACAUAAUUUUUGUAGAGUUAUAUGGAAUUUAUUAAAAAUGUGGAUUUUGAAGUUGGGAUAUUGCAAAUUGGAUAAUUUUAACUGGUCUUAUUUGUCAAUUUGUUAUAUUUCUUUGCCUGGAUGUUGGGUCGGUGAUGUUCUAAUCUCGGCUCGAGUUGAGGUAGGGAUUGUUGAUUUUGUAGGUGUGAGAUUUAUUUUCCCAUGUAUUUACAUAUUUCAAAGCACCUAAAUUUUACUUUUUUCUUGUAU